CCCCAUUUGGUUACCAGAAUUGUUUUAUCAUCCCCAAUUGGGGAUUUUUUUCGGGGAACGAUUUGGGGAUUUCAAUUUGGGGCAAAUGAUAACCUACCCGAACGAGCAAACCAUCAUGAAUCUCAAAAAGUUAAGGGAAGUCGUUUAUACUCUGCAAUCAAUACGGAAGAAGUGAAACUUAUACAGCAACAUGGUUUAAUUUAUGCAUUUCACUUCAACAAAAAACAAUGCUUUGAUUUUUCUUUCGUCAAAUUUGAUCGAGCAAACUCAAAGCAGAAGGAAUAAGAAAAAUAUUGUGAAGUUAUUUGCUUUUAACUUUUACAAUAGCACAAUUAAAAGAGCGAAAGAAAAAAAUCAAUGCUGCGACAACUUUUUUUUUAUAGUAAAUAUUUUUCUGUCAGUAGUCAGUGAACUUCCCGUUGCUUGUUGACAUCAUACGAGUGUGUGCAUAUCUCGUCACUUUUUUUAAAGAAACGCCAUCAUAGCACCAAAUCGGUAUAAAGCGGCGUUACUGAACAACAUUACGACGCUGUUAUUACAAUUUCAAUAGCGCUCUAUGCAACACAAUACUGUAACAGCCAAAGGGGAAACAACUGAUUUAAAUCAUCUGAAAAUCAAAAUUAAAUCAUUUUAAAUCAAUUUAAAUCACAAAAUCGCAGAUUGCUGUUUCCCCUUGGUUUCAGCAAUACAUUAACGCUAUAACCGUCCUACGUUUCUACCCUGAAUAACGCAGAUGUAGUGCCAAGCAUUAUAAUGUUCAAUUUUUAAAUACAUUGAUCAACAGACACGUUGACUUCGAGUGAUACGAUUAUGUUGUUCACUGAUUUAAUAUCUUUUGACAUUAUACGUAUGAUUUUGAAAUAAGUCGAAUAAAUGACUUAAUAUUUAGGAAUUAAAAUACUAAGCCCCCCCCCUCCUCAAAGUUCGAUCUUAACCCAGGAAUAUCCAAAAUAGAUGAAAGUUUCAGGAUAUGUUGACCCUAGAAAGGGAACACUACCAUAAAACUUUCAGCCAGAAAUCUUUAGGUUUCAGGGAGAUAUGAGUCAAAUAUGGGUUAAAAAUGACUCAUUUGGCAUCCCAAAUAUCUCGGUCCUGGUUUGUUCAAUAUAUUAAUAUUUUUUUUUGUUGGAAAGAGUAUCUCAAGACGCAGGGAAUGGCAUUGCCCUUUUUUGAAAUAGUCCAUUUUUAAGCGCAAAAAAUGGAUCACAACUUCAGUGGCUCAAAAAAGUGUCAAAAAAUGCUAGUAAAAUCAUAUAAUUGGCUGUAUAUUGACCAAACGAAGACCUAAUUUUAAAAAAAGCAACGUCAUGCCCUGCGCCUCAAGAUGCUCUUUCAAACAAACAAAAAAACGAAUACAUUGAAUGGACUGGGAAGGAGAGGUUUGGGAUACCAUUUUUGGAAAGUGAAAGUUGAGAAGAAAUCGACAUUUUUUUCUAAAAACAGCUUAUUUUUUCGGCACUAUGUCAAUUCGUCGCCAUUCAAUUCGUCGUGUUCUUUUCGUCGACACUGAAUUCGCCGCGCAUUUAAUUUGUCGUGCACUCAAUCCGUCGCGUGUUUCUUUCAAUUGAUUGUUUGUAACUGUGUUAUAUUUUACCAAAAAAAAAAAAAAUCAUUUCUCAAAGAAAGAUCGAAUUUGCUUCUCUAUUGAUGAAUUUUAGUGGAUUAAAUGAACUUUGUUCUGCUUUGUUGUCAAUGAGAUUAUUUUAAUAAAAAAAUAAAAGAUAAAUUGGAUUUGAAAAAUAAAAUGGAACAAUAUCUAUCUAAGUCAAAGCUCAUUAAGAAUCAACUAAUUAAGCCUGAAAUGUAUAAAGAAGAUCACUUGGUUGAUAAAAGUAAUACUCUUCCAAUCAUCACUUGUCGACUCAACUCCCUGAAUGUCUUCUGUUCAAAAGCUCUUGCCGGAAAAGGGAAAACCUAUGGUUUCUUACCUGGGUUAUAUCUACACCAAGGAAAAAUCUACAACAGCAAAGAUAACUUUUCGUUAUCAAAACAGAGACUGCAAAGGUAAUUAGUUAUAAGAAUGAAGAAAAUAAUAUAUUCUUUCAUUGUUUCUAGCUCGAUGUAAUACAAAUUUGUCAAUGGAUAUUUUUCUUUCUCAACCAACUGAUCACAACCAUGUCCCUAACCCUGAAUGCAUCGCGGUAAUUGAACUUAAUAAUCAGAUAAAAGCACAAGCCGCCACAUCUGAUGAAUCAACGAGUUCCAUCCUCCACUCAGCUUUACGAACGUUUCCGUUGAAUGCAGCAAGCGAAUUGCCUCGUACUGAAAUAAUUAUGCAAACCAUUUGCAGGCAGCGCCAGACACCAGCAGCAACAUCCACCGAUGGUUUAUCUGACGAUUUAAAGAAAACUUAUCGUGCUGAAGACUUUCUCCUGCAUGAAGAGGCAUAUGUGAUUAUUUUCUCUACGAAAGCUAACUUAUCAGCGUUGAAACAUUCCAAACAUUGGUUGCUGAUGGAACAUUUAAAGUAUGCCCCUAUGAGUUUUAUCAGCUGUUUACGCUUCAUGCAUUGA